CCUUAUAGCGGAUGCACACUUAAUCCGGCGGGGUAAAAACGAGUAGUCACACACAAGAUCACAAAUUUGUAACACAUAAAAACGAAACCGCGACCGUUCGAGAAUACCAUGAGACUCGAUAAUAAAACGAUUGAAACCGAUUGAAAUGUAUAGGAAGCGAUGCAAACGAGCUGGCGACCGUCCCGUUUAGCGAGGAACAAGGCGAAUCGUUUGCGCGAUUUCGGUAUCGCCGAUUAAUUCGACGGAUCCGAAGACAAGAACAGCGCUUCCCCGUCACAAGAUGGCCGGACCUGGCUUGGUGUCAGUCCGAUUGCUUUGCCAACCCCUCCUCCCGCCGUGCACGGAGCCCCCCGUAAACGACCCGAACUCAAACCUUUCAUUCUCGCUUUUCUGGCUCUCUCGCCGCUCACCGUUCACCGUCGUCGUCGUCUGCUCUGCUCUGCCUCUGCGUGCAGUUACAUCGAGGCCGGAUGCACACUGUAAAAAUUUCUUUGAUUACUCAUUUUUCGGCGUGUUUUUGCCGACGCCGGGAGUACUGGCGUUUUCUUGUCGUUGCGAUUCGGUUGCCGGUGUAUUUUUCGAUUGUGGUGGAGGCGGCGGGGACAGGGGCAGGGGCGUCGCGCCUUCUACUGCACAGAUGGCAAGGCCGAUACUUGGUGAAAAUUACAAGAUUUUACAAACAUUGCAUGGCCACACAAGCGACGUAACAUGCUGCGAUUUCGCGUCAGCUUCCACCAUAGUAACCGGCUCAAGCGACAAAACAGUACGAAUAUGGGACUGGAAAGCGGGUUCGGGCUACGAAGAAAGGCAAUCGUCGCCGUUGAAAGGACACAAAUAUCAAGUGACGUGCGUCAGGAUAUCUCCGCAAGGAUCUUUGCUGGCCAGCGCCUCCGUCGAUGGCACCGCCGUCCUGUGGAACGUUCACAAUUGCUCUAAACUAUACGCCAUAACUCAGGUGAAUGGCGAUGCAAUCAGAGUAUGCAGGUUUUCACCGGACAGUACCGUCUUGAUCACAGCCGGAGAUAACGGUGCAAUUUGCGUGUGGGACUUGGUGCACAGAAGUUUAAUCAAGACGAUAUUCGACCACGAGGGCACCACCCAAUCUUUAGCGUUCACGCCGGAUUCCUAUUACCUAGUGUCCGCUUGCUCGUUGGAAAUGAUCAUGGUUUGGAGCACCGAGCACUUGGUGGACACCACCUCGGAGGCGAGCUGCGUUCCCGUUGCCAAAACGGACAACGCCUUGGACAUGGGAGUGUUCUGCCUCGAUAUCAGCAAACAUAUCAUCUUCAACGAAAACAACCCUCUCGUCAGACGAUACCGGCUGGCGUCGUGCGGCAACAGCAACGAGAUCAAAAUAUGGACCAUAACGGCCAAAUCGGUGGUGAAGCAGAAGUGCUCGGCGCUCAACGAGGUGACGCUGGAGCACUUUGACGUCUACGACGGGCACACGUCGUCGGUGACCUGCCUGCGGUACACCAACAACGGCGACUAUUUGGUGUCGACGAGCGUGGAUAAGCUGGUGAAAGUGUGGGACGGCGAGGGGAAUUGCGUCGCUUCACUGCAGGGCCACACCAGGUACAUCAAUUGCGUGGCCGUCUCCAAAGAUCAAUCUCUCAUCAUCUCUGGUUCUAACGACAAGAGCAUUAUAGUUUGGGACAUGACUGGAAAUCUCACUGUAGAUUCCGAGUUGAAUCAGUUUAAUUUUCAUGGGACCGAUCAAGCUACAGAGAACCACUUGAUAGAGAACAAUAACGAUAAUGCAAACAUGGUUACACUUUUAGAAAAAGUAGAUGAUAUAGCCGAAGGUACGAUAAAUAGUUGUUGUUUUUAUGGAAAAGACCUACUAGCUAUUGGUUCUGGGGAUAAGAUAAUCCACAUAUUUAAAGUAAACAACGAAACUAGCGGAAUCGAAGAAGUAAACUUUUCACCGUUAGAAGGCCAUACGUUCGUUAUAAAUCACGUAGAAUUUUCGAACGAUGGCAAAAUGCUAGUGUCUUGUUCGUUAGACGGUUGCACUGUAAUAUGGGAUGCAAUGACGGGAGAAAAAUUGAAACUACUGCCAAAAAAUGCCUUAUCCAUAAAAUCAUCUCGUUUCACGCCGGAUAAUAAGAUGUUAAUAACCGCCGGCGACGAUGAGAAAGCCGUCGUGUGGGACAUAAACACGGGAGAAAAAAUAACAACGUUCGAAGGACACCUGGACGCCAUCCCCGCCGUCGGCGUCUCGCCCGAUGGGAUCCUCUGCGUGACGGUUUCCUCGAACGCGGAUUUCAGAGUGUGGUCACUACAAACGCACGCGUGCCUCUACGUCAAAGAAGACGCCCACGAAUACGGCAUCCAAGACUGUGAUAUAUCCCAUAACCUAGAACCCGUUCCUAAUCUAACCGUUAGUGCCCAAACCUAUCUGUUAGCCACCUGCGGCAACGAUAGUUUAGUGAAAUUAUGGAGGAUUUCCGUCCCUAAUAAAUGCGAUACGUCUUCUACGGAAGAGGUGGAGGUGAAAUUGUGGCGAUCGCUGCAAGGGCACGGGGGCAACGUGAUUUGCGUGCGAUUUUCGCAAGUCGCCAGCGAGUUCGUGUGCUCUACGGCGACCGAUAGACAAGCCAGAAUUUGGUCGGUUUACAGCGCCGCCUGUUUGUUCGUUUUGGACCACGAUUCGAUAGUGACAUCCUGUUAUUUCAACGCCGAUUGCUCGCUUCUGGCCACCGGUUGCUUGGACAAAACCUUGUGGCUGUGGAAACUACCGCAGCAAUUGGUAUUCCAAUCGGUGGUGGCCGACAAAGUGCAGUACAAGUCGAAGCAAGUCAUCAAUUGGACCAGCUCGGACGUCAUAAAAUGGCUGAGGAGCAUCGAAAUGCCGGAGCUGGCGCCUUGGAUAACGAGCUGCCGUCUCGACGGCAAGAAGCUGCUGACCGUUCCCGAGACGCAGAUAUGCGCCGGCCUGGAAUUGGACGAGGAGCACGAGGAGAGAUUCGUCAGGGAAAUCCGGUGGCUGAAGAGCGGCGAGUUGCGCAUGGAGGCGGCCAAUUAUAUGGAUAUACCGGACGAGUUUCUGUGUCCGAUAACGCGCGAGAUAAUGAGAGAGCCGGUGACGUGCAGCGACGGGCACACGUACGAAAGGAACGCGAUCACGGAGUGGUUCAUGUCCGGAAAGGACACCAGCCCGAUGACCAACGAGAAAUUGACCGAUACCGAUGUCGUUAAGAACGUGAAAUUGAGAUCGGAGAUAUACGAUUUUCUGGAAAUGGAUGGUUCCAAAGAGGAAGCUUAAGAGCUGGUUUUUAUUUAGCACUUUGGGCACGAUUGUGAUAGAAAUUCAAGUUUGCAAAUUCGACCUUUUCUACUGUUCAAACUGAAUGACUGAUCAAAAUUAUUAUCGAUGAUCUAGUGAAUAUUAAAAUUCCGCUAGAUGUUACGAUACAAUGAUAGCAAUGUAAUAUCAGUUUAUAUGUAAUUUUGGGACGUUUUUAUUAAUAGAUAGAACUGAAAUGAUAAAUUAAUUUUUAUCGUUAUUCAGUCUUCCGUCCAUUGUCAAAGAGGUAUCUACAAUUAGACAUCGAUGCAAGUAAAAUGAUUUAAAUUCAAAAUAUUAAUCAAAAAAGUUCUUUUUAAGAAGAAAAAAUAAUUAAUUAUCUACUAAACUAACUGAUAAUACCUAAUAUAAAAAAUUCAGAAUUUUCUCUAAAUUACUUCAUUACAUAAUGAAGUUUUACAGGGUGUUAAUGGUAUUAGAAAACGCUAGCCUGAACUAUAAAUUAUGGAAAUUAGUUCAUCAACUAAAUUAUAAACACCCUGUAUACUAUUAAAGUGCCAUUUAUUCUACACACAGUGUGACAAUUUAAAAACUUACAACGGGUUAUAUCUCACAAACGAAGAUUCAUAUUAUUUACUACACAUGGUGUCCAAAAAUAGAUGUCAAUUAUUCGGGAGCGUAUAGAUGACAUCAAAAUAAGGCUAUAACUUCAUAUAAAUUUUAUUAAUUUAAGCCCCUAUUUUUGAGCUAGAGGCCUUUGAAGUUGAAAAAUUAAAAAUAUUUUUUUACAUUACACUCUGGAUCACAGUGGCGACGUGUUCCCAGUGAUUAACAAUUUGUAACUUUUAGAGGGACAAUCUGUAUAACGCAAACAAAUCUAAUAUUUUUUUGUAAGCUUUUUAAUGAGGUAUCACAAGUAGGGCUUUGCUAUUUUUUUAAUUGGAGUAUAUGGGGUGUUGAUGGGGGUCAGUUCUCUUUUAUGUCAUUUUAGUCUCCCCUUCACAUCCUUGAAACGGUUUUAGUUAUUGAUAUGAUCUUUCGUUUGUAAGAUAUAUCCAUUAUAAGUUUUUAAAUUGUCACACUGUAUAUAAUUAUUUACAAACACAAAUGCAAUUGAAUUUUAGCACUUAUUUUCAAAGAUUUUACCGAAUGAAGUACAUUUGUAUAUUUCACGUUUUUAUAUAUUUAAAAAUGUUUUGUAAAGUGACAGUUUAUUAUACACUCGCACUUAUAUUAUUCUUCAUACUCGAUAGAAAAUUUUCAACGAUUUUAGCAACAAGCCGUCACAUUUACAAUUAAAUACGAAAUGAAUUAAAAAAUAAUAAUUAAUAUUCACACAAUUAAUAAAUCAAAACAAUAAUUCUUGUAAAAAUUCUUCAUAGUGCCUAAACAUAAGUGAGAUGUAU